UGAAAGCAAGAGCUCAGGCACUUCCUCCACCAGCAUCACUGUGAUGCAGGAGGGCUCACAAGACAGACACUUCUGAACAGGACACGUUGGGCAGCCCCCAGCGAUGCCCCUUCCCUGGGUUUGAGGACAGCCAUGGAGCUGAGAGCUCUCCUCCUGCUGCUGCUCUGCUUCCCAGGUUUUCAGGCCCAAAUACUUAGGACUGAGGAGACACGCUCAGAAGGCAGCAGUCUGUACAUCCAGUGUCCUUACACAGCACAGACUACCCACCAGCAGCAGAAAGCCUGGUGCCGCCUCAGAAACAGACAGUGUGAGCCCUUAGUGGUGACAAAAGAAUACUCACACACAAACUGGGCCACAAAGGGGAGAGUCGCAUUAAAGGACAACCCCACAGAGAGAACUGUGUCUGUCACCAUGACUGAACUCCAGGCAGAGGACUCGGGCACGUACUUCUGUGCUUACUACUCCUACGGGUAUCAUCAACUAAGGAUGAUCUCACUGUUUGUUUUCAAGGAGCUGCACAAGUGGGAGUUGGACAGUGUCUCUGUGCAGUGCCUGCCCAGCACCCUGAACUACAGCUUGGGGACAAAAGUUUGGUGUCGAAGAGAAGAUGAGACUUUGUGUAGUGUCAUAGUGAGGACAGACUACUCUUCAACACAGCAUAACAGCAAAGCUCUGGAAGACCGAACAUUGAUCCAGGAUGACACCCAGAAAAGGACUGUCACAAUCACCAUGCAGAAGCUGCAGGCUGAGGACUCCGGCAUGUACUGGUGUGCACUCUACAGAAGGUCUUAUCUCACCUGGCUCACGGAGGUCAGGCUCUCUGUGUUCAAGAGGACCAAACAAUACACAGCCAAGGAAUCAGGCGAUGUCUCUGUCCAGUGUCCAUACAGUGCCCCAGAGUACAGGGCUGUGAGCAAAGCCUGGUGUAAAGAGGGAGCAAGGAAAUCAUGUACAGUGCUGGUCACCACCAACAGCCUGGAGUACCAGAGGACACCUCAGCAAGGCAGAGUCAGGAUCCAGGACGACACGGAGCAGGGGAUUGUCACUGUCACCAUGGAGAGACUGCAGGCGCAGGACACCGGUGUGUACUGGUGUGCACUUUACGAACAUGCUCAUCUCUUCCGAAUGCUGGAGGUCACACUUAAUGUUUCUGAGGUACUGGCUGGAACAACUUUGCCAGGAGCUGCAAGCACAAGUCAAGCAACCCCUGCUGCCAACAGCCCAGCCCCGAGCUUGAUAAUGGGCUGCAACAGCAUCACGCUGUGCUACUGUCUAACACUGGUAACUCCUUUGCUCUCCUGGCUUCAGCUCAAAUGGAAACACCUUCAUCCUGCUGUCUGGGAUCCUGAGCAUCCUGUUCCUCCUGGCACUCAUCAGCUUGGUAACACUGUAUGUCAGGCGCUGCAAGCAGCUGAACGCAACAGGUAUGUGGAGUCUGGUAAUGCCUUGUGUUCUAGUCUGGACUAAGCAGGGCCUUUCCUGGCCAUCUCUCUUCCACUCCGGGCGAGCUUAUUCCCAACUCACAGUCCCCUGGAGAAGAUGAGGCAGCUGCUGCCUGGGAAGCCUCAAGGCAGGCUCUUUGCUGUGAGCUCCUCUGACAAUAAGACAAACCCAUGCUCCUCCAGACUCUGCACAUGACACUUCCUAACAUGACAGAGAAGUAAAGUGGGAGCAAUGUGGUAGAUGGGUCCCACGGGUACCCCCAUUGCUUCUAUCUCUGGGCAAUCCCACAGCCUUCCCUCAAACUCCUGAAGCUUAGGCAAUGCCCAGGCAUUUCAUGGACUUCUCUACUUUUACAAUCUCUGAUUUUAGCUCAUUCCAAAGGGAACAGAGA